UUUAGAGUAACGGAGAGAGAGAGAGAGAGGGAGAGAAGCUGAAAGAAACCCUAACCCUAAUUCGCACGUACACACAAAUCAAAACUUUUCCAGAGAGAUAAAUGUCGCAUUCGCCGGAGAGAAAUUCAAAUGCGAAACCGCCAUUGGAGAAGUCUUCGAAGCUUUAUCAACAACAACAGCAGCAACAGCAUGAGGAAGCGCUGAAGCAUGUCAUAUCGAAGAUGCAGCUUCUUCACUCCGCUGUCUCUUCUUCUCCAUCACCUUCCUCUCCUCUCUCCGAAUCCGACCUCUCCCUUCCUCCCCUGGACCCUCCGGCACCCGAUUCCACCUCCCUCCUCUCCGAUGAGCUCCUCCUCUCGAUCUUCUCGAAGCUUCCCCUCUCUCAGUACUCCCACAACUCCCUCGUCUGCAAGCGCUGGCUCUACCUCCACGGCCGUCUUCUCCAAUCCCUCAAAAUCCUCGAUUGGGGCUUUCUCGAUUCGGGUCGGGUCUCCGACCGGUUCCCCAACCUCACCGACAUCGACCUCGUCCACGCCUGCAUCCGCUCGCCGAGAAACUCCGGCAUCCUCGUCACACGCAAAACGGUGUCGCUUCAUCUGGAUUCGCUCUUCACGCCGAACGAUGGCGGGUUUAUUGAAGAAGGCGACGUUUUGAAGUCGAGUGUGAUUGACCAAGGGCUCGGCUUGAUUGCGAAUUGGUACCCGAAUCUCCGGAGAUUGGUGGCGAUUGGAGCGAGCGAGAGCGGGCUGCGGAGUGUCGCCGAGGAGUGCCAGACAUUGCAGGAAUUGGAGCUGCAUUGUUGCGGGGACAUGGCAUUGAAGGGGAUUUUGCAAUGUAGGAAUUUGCAGAUCGUGAAAUUGAUUGGUUGUUUUGGUGGAUUCUACGGCUCGGUGGUUUCAGACAUUGGAUUGACAAUUUUGGCGCAGGGGUGCACGCGGUUGGUGAAGCUCGAGCUCUGCGGGUGCGAAGGCAGCUACGACGGGAUCAAGGCGAUCGGGCAGUGCUGCCAAAUGCUCGAGGAUUUGACGCUGUGUGAUCAUAGGAUGGAGGGCGGGUGGCUGGCCGCGCUUUCUUAUUGCAUGAAUUUGAAGACUUUGAAGCUCAAGUCCUGCAAGAACAUCGAUUUGUGCCCCGGCCCGGACGAGCAUUUGGGGUGUUGUCCUACCAUUGAAGAGUUGCAUUUACAGCAGUGUCAAGUGAGGGAUAAGCAGGGCAUGAAGGCGCUGUUUUCGGUGUGUGAGGCCGUCCGAGAUGUCGUCUUUCAGGACUGUUGGGGCUUGGCGGAUGAUGUAUUCAGCAUCGCCACUAUCUGUAGGAGGGUGAAGCUGAUAUCAUUGGAAGGAUGCUCCCUGCUGACAACAGCAGGAUUGGAAUCUGUAGUUCUAUCAUGGAAAGAGCUUCAAAGACUUAGAGUAGUUUCAUGUAAUAAUGUAAAAGACGUCGAGGUCACUCCUGCCCUGGCAUCCUUGUUUUCUAUCCUCAAAGAGUUGAAAUGGCGGCCGGAUUCCAAAUCUCUCUUAACGUCGAGUCUCGCAGGGACGGGAGUGGGAAUGAAAGGUGGUAGGUUUUUCAAAAGGCUAAAACCUUGAGAUUGGUGGAUUCUUACUUGCAUUUAGAUAGUUUACACUGCAACUCCCAAACAGAGAUGGAUAUUAGAUAGUUUUUUCACCUUUUGUAAUUUAGAUGUUGAGCUUCAGGAAUCAGGAUGA